AAGAAGGAAGAAAAGGAGAAGAACAGCUUCAUUUGCGCUUUUUCAUUUCAUAUAUUCGCUCUCUUUUUUUAUCUUUCUCUCUUCCUUUUGAAGAGAAUGGAAUUUCUGCAGGGUGCCGGGAUCCACGUUUCUCGAUCAGAGCGACUCACCGCUACCACCUUCGUCUUCCUCGCGCCUUACGCUCAUCUUCUUCGCGCGUAAUCACCAUUUGCCAUUUGCUAAUCAUUCCCUCUUUCCUGAUUUGGUUUGAGAAUCGGAGAUGGAAGAUUAGAGGUUGUAGGAGGAGGAGUAUAUUGAGACUGUGUUGAGGUGUUUGGGCGUGGGGGAACAAUGUCCAACAAGAAUGAGAAUCAUCAGACGGUUCCGCUCUCGGUGCUGCUGAAGCGUGAAUUGGCCAAUGAGAAGAUUGAGAGACCCGAGAUUGUGCACGGUCAGGCGAGUCAGAGCAAGAAGGGGGAGGAUUUUACGCUGGUAAAGACGGAAUGUCAAAGAGUUGUGGGAGAUGGAGUUUCUACGUAUUCAGUUUUUGGGCUAUUUGAUGGGCAUAACGGGUCUGCUGCUGCUAUUUACUCAAAGGAGAAUCUUCUAAAUAGUGUUUUAGCUGCUAUGCCUUCAGAUCUUAACAGAGAUGAAUGGGUAGCAGCAUUGCCAAGGGCUUUCGUAGCAGGAUUUGUCAAGACAGACAAAGAGUUUCAAGAGAGAGCUCAAACUUCAGGAACAACUGUCACCUUUGUGAUUAUAGAAGGAUGGGUAAUAUCUGUUGCAUCUGUUGGCGAUUCUCGUUGCAUACUUGAACCUGCUGAAGGUGGAGUUUAUUAUUUAUCAGCAGACCAUAGGCUUGAAAUCAAUGAAGAGGAGCGGUUGCGUAUCACUGCAAGUGGGGGUGAGGUUGGUCGGCUUAACACUGGUGGUGGGGCUGAGAUCGGUCCUUUGAGGUGUUGGCCUGGUGGCUUGUGUCUGUCACGAUCUAUUGGUGAUAUGGAUGUUGGGGAGUUCAUUGUCCCUGUUCCGUACGUAAAGCAAAUGAAGUUGUCUUCAGCUGGUGGUAGACUUAUCAUUUCGAGUGAUGGAGUCUGGGAUGCCUUGUCUGCAGAAACAGCUCUUGAUUGUUGUCGUGGGAUGGCACCAGAUGCUGCAGCUGCACAGAUUGUUAAGGAUGCUGUAGGCCACAAGGGACUUCGGGAUGAUACAACAUGCAUUGUGAUUGAUAUUUUGCCACAUGAGAAGCCACUCCCAUCGUCGCAACCAAAGAAGCAGGGAAAAGGAGUGUUGUUUAAAUCCAUGUUUCGGAAAAAGCAUUGUGACUCAUCUUCUAAUGUUGAAAAAGAGUAUAUUGAGCCAGACAUGGUGGAGGAAUUAUUUGAGGAAGGUUCUGCUUCGCUUUCUGAGAGGUUAGAUACAAAAUACCCGCUCUGCAACAUGUUCAAGUUGUUUAUGUGUGCAGUUUGUCAAGUAGAAAUUAAACCGGGAGAGGGUAUUUCGAUACACAGUGGAUCAUCUAACCCAGGAAAAUUGCGACCUUGGGAUGGCCCAUUCCUUUGCUCGAGUUGCCAAGAGAAGAGAGAGGCUAUGGAGGGAAAAAGACCUUCAGGAAGAAGACGUGAUAGCGAUAGUGAUUAGCCGACCCUCCUGAGCAUUAUUUGAACUUGAGAGCACUAACAAUUACUUUGAAGCUGUUCAUGAAGUGGGAAGGUGGUGCUUCUCUUGAUAUUAGUUCCCUUCAAUUUCUCAAUGGAGAUUUACGAUCCGUUUUGGCACUCAACUUAGGAGGAACCAACCUAUCUGGAUCUCUCUCUUUCUCUCUCAUGUUGUCAUGUUUCAAAUCGGAAGAUCCCAGAUAGAGCUGCAUGCUUUCUUUUAAGUUCUGUUUUCUAACUUCAGAGUGACGUAAAAUCAGUGCCUGCCUCCCUUGAAAAGGUUCAUGGAAGGGCUGGAUGAACUUACUUGUGCAUAACCAUGCAUCGGAGGUAAUUUUCUCUCUGGAUCCAUGCCCUUCUAUUUUACAGAGCUAACAUUGAAACAAACCACUCUUCAAUGUAAUAUUAUUAUAUAGGUGAAAUUGAUGAAACCUCAGGCAGAUUCAUUACACAUUAGGAGAUUUAAAAAAACCUGUCUUCUCGGUUUUUCUGUAUUUGUUCAAAGUAGCUAUCCUUCCAUAUAACUAGGAAGGUAACUAUCAAAUAGAAAGAUUGACAAUUAUUUUUUUGAAGAAAUUUAUCUUUUCAUUCUUUUCUAAUGAUGUUUCCUUUCCCCUGUUUGUAAUAAUUUAGUAUCUCAGUUAAAUUACUGGAUAGCUGCCCAUUUUAUCUCUGUACAA